GACAAUGUUGAGGAUAAAAACAAGCAAGCAGAGCUUUUACAGCUAUAGUUUGCACGAAUUUUACAGUCGUUACUGUUGCAAAAGUGCAACCACUGUUCUCUUUUUCUCUUCAAUAAUUUUAUUACAUAGUCCCCACAUGUAAGAGUUAAAGUUGGAAACCUCAAACUUUAUGAUGCCUCCAUAUAAUUAUAAUAAACUUGCAAACUGUGGAGGGCAAAGAGAAGAAGAAAAAACCAAAAGAAAAAAUAUGGAGCAGAAAAGAGAAGGGAAGUCUUACGUGAAGAGAGGUUUAUGGAAACCUGAAGAAGACAUGAUAUUGAAAAGCUAUGUUGAGACUCAUGGAGAAGGAAACUGGGCAGACAUCUCCCGUAGAUCCGGGUUGAAGAGAGGAGGAAAAAGCUGUAGGUUGAGAUGGAAGAACUAUCUAAGACCAAAUAUCAAAAGAGGAAGCAUGUCACCUCAAGAACAAGACCUCAUCAUCCGCAUGCAUAAGCUUCUUGGAAACCGAUGGUCAUUGAUCGCCGGUCGCCUUCCAGGUCGCACUGACAACGAAGUCAAGAACUACUGGAAUACCCAUUUGAACAAGAAAUCCAAUUCCAGAAAACAGAAUGCACCUGAAUCAAUCGCCGCCACUACUUGCACCGAUAAGCCAGUUAUUUCGACUGAAGUGAGAAGAAGCCAUGGAGAAGAAGGAGAUGGAGAAGAGAAGAGUAUGGCAAGAAAUACCUGGAUGGAGGAGACCAAUAGCUUUGACUAUGACGUCCGCAUAGGAUCUCCACUGCCUCUCAUAUCCCACUACCCAGACAACACUCUUGUUUUUGACCCAUGUUUUGCCUUUACUGAUUUCUAUCCUUUGCUUUAGGACUUUCCUUGAUUUAU